UGCGCGUUGCUUGGACGUGGAGGGCAGAAGAUUCUGCAGACAGUCUGUGACUUUAGGUUGAGAUGGGAGUCAUUUUAAUUUGGGAACAGAAGGGAGGCAGAGAGAAUUUAAGGAUAUAUUUUCAAGGUCAUCCACCUAAUAGCAGCCAGGAAUCCAGCUCAGGCAUGUAGCCACUGCUGUCGUUGUAACGAGGGUUACUUUUGUGCCGCACUUGUCCUGCUGGACGUUGUUCAGGAUGGCGUGUGCGCCCCCAACAGCCUUUAAAGUGAAGAAAACAUUUGGAAGCUCUGUGAAUACAUCAAAAACCAUGACCAGUAUCCUUUAGAAGAGUGUUACGCUGUCUUCAUAUCAAAUGAGAAGAAGAUGGUACCUAUCUGGAAGCAGCAGGCCAGACCUGGAAAUGGGCCCGUGAUCUGGGAUUACCAUGUGGUCUUGCUUCACGUCUCAAGUGGAGGCCAGAGCUUCAUUUACGAUCUGGAUACUGCCUUACCGUUUCCCUGCCCCUUUGACCCAUACGUGGAAGAUGCCUUCAAGUCUGAUGACAACCUUCAGCCACAGUUCAGGAGGAAAUUCAGAGUGAUCCGUGCUGAUUGCUAUUUGAAGAACUUUGCUUCUGACCGCUCUCACAUGAAGGACUCCAGUGGGAACUGGAAGGAGGUCCCCCCGCCCUAUCCCUGCAUUGAGACUGGAGACUGCAAAAUGAACCUGAAUGACUUCAUCAGCAUGGAUCCGGAAGUCGGGUGGGGAGCGGUCUACACACUGCCUGAGUUUGCACAUCGCUUUAGCAGUAGAAGCUUCUGAACUGGACGCACAGAUGUAGAACCGUGGAGAACGCGAGACCGUGAAUGAGCCAGCCUGUCCUUUAGGACAGCAAGCAUGGAACAGCUGGCUUGGAGUUACAUUUUUCUCUUCUAAUUCAGCGGAGCAGAACCUGGAUGAGCACAAAUACCAAUAAGCUACAUAAACUUUUUGGGGGCUGGGGUCGAACGCAUGCUUAGCACGUGUGAGGCCCUGGGUUCCGUCCCAGCACCACAAAUAAAAGAAGACCUUCCCUGUGGUGUGUCAGGUGGAAAUGUGCCAAGGCACACAGUUGCUACCACGUGGCUCUUACGUUACGACCCGUGACAGCCGGUGUCAGUCACUGCUGUGUCCAGACAGAGCCGUCUCUUCUGCGUGUUUCCUGUUUCUCCAACCUCGCUGUAAGCCAUGCAUGAGCAAGGCCGUAGCUCACACACGCGUGAGCCUUGGAUGUGCCCAUAAAAGUGCCCGCACAAUAUUCUAGGGGCAGCGCUGCUGCCUGGGAAAGGGUUGUAUUGUGAGCUGAAUCAGCAACAAGUACUAGUCUUUUUGGACUACAGUGUUGUUAUUGAUUGCGUUUCUCCAGCUGAGUGAUAUUUGACCUACUGAUAAGUGAUUUUUUUAAAAAUAGAUUUAAGUUUUGUGUUGAAAGUUUUAUGUCAUUCUUCAUGAUUCUAAGAGUGGCCAAGUCAUAUUUGAGAAUCAUCUACGUGCUUUUUUUUUUUUCUCUUUCGCAGAACCGGGGAUUGAACUCAGGCCCUUCCGCUUGCCAGGGAAGCACUUAUUCUACUGAGCCAUCUCCCUGGCCCCAUCUGUGUGCUUUUUAAAACCACAUUUGUCCUGGCUGCGUUCUUAGAAAAUUGGCUUUAAUCAUACAAUUCCAAAUAAAAGAUACCUGGCUUUAAACUGGCA